UGUACAAUGUCACCAGCAGCAUGGAGCCGUCAGAGUGGAGAGUGUGUGUAUGUGUUGAGGAUUUGAUGGCGGCGACUUUUCGGGUUAUGGUGAUGUUUUUGAGCGACUGUUCGGUGAAAUGUUACCACUAGGCCUUAUUUCAGUAUCCAGCAGGCCCAUAUAGGUUCGCAGGAAAUGAAUAGCAUUGUCAAACGUGUUAUUCACCGGAUUAGAAGAAACAUUUCUAGUCAGCAGGCAUUGUUCACAUUGUCCUGCAGAGCUGUAGGCGGCGCUGUUGGCCCUCCUGUAGACUGCAGUGUGACAGUAGAGCAGGCAGUUAGUUUGUGGGCUCGACUCUUCCAGCAGCACGGCAUCUCUGAACCCCUCCUUUCCAGCCAGUACAUCAUAGCUCAUGUGCUUGGAAAGAAAACACUGCACUGUGUGGAGAGGAGUCAUCUCAGUGACAGUCUGACUGACCAGCAGAGGGAGAAUGUGUGGAAACUGUGUACCAAGCGCCUCACAAGGAUGCCACUGCAGUAUGUAAUUGAAGAGUGGGACUUUAGGGACCUGACUCUGAAGAUGAGACCUCCAGUGUUUAUCCCACGCCCCGAAACAGAGGAGCUGGUUAGUUUGGUGUUGGAGGAUCUCCAGACAGAGUGGAGGGGCAGGACGUGGCCUGCUUUAAGAUGCCUAGAGGUGGGCUGUGGAACGGGCGCAAUAUCUCUUAGCUUACUGCACAGCGUACCACAGCUCAAGGCUAUUGCAUUGGACCAAAGCCAGGAAGCAGUUUUCCUAACGAAGGAAAAUGCAAGCAGACUGGGACUCCAGGGCAGACUGGAAGUGCAUCAUUUAGAUAUUAUAAAGGAUGCAGAUUUGAUGGUGAGAGACUGCAGUGCUGUUGAUGUGCUGGUUAGCAACCCCCCCUACCUAUUCACGGAGGAUAUGGAGUCUCUGCAAGAAGAGAUCAUCAGAUUUGAAGACCAUUCAGCACUGGAUGGGGGUUCAGAUGGCAUGAGAGUAAUAAGUCAGAUUCUGACUCUAGCACCCAAACUCCUCACAAAGGACGGUCGUGUGUAUUUGGAGGUGGAUCCACGCCAUCCUGCCCUGCUAAAGCAUCUGGUAGAGCAGAGGAAGCUAGGAUUGCAGUAUCUGGAAACACGCUAUGAUUUCACAAACAGGCCACGAUUCUGCAUCCUACAGAGAAGAUGACUAGACUGAGGGAGAGCAUGCUUCUGUGUGAGUAAGAGGCACAGAUUGUGUAAGAGAGUGAGCUGAGGUACAGGUUAAGAAAGAGAGCAAGAUGGACAGAGAAAGCACAUAACUUGGAAGAAAGCUGAUCUGGAAACGAUGGAUGGAGUCACCGCCAUGAAGGAUCUUUUUCUGUGGCCUCCUGCCAAAGUGCAUUGCUUGCAUCUCAGUUCCUAUAAGCUUCCCUCCUCUCGGCACGUACUGAGAUUUUUUGAAGAGUUGAAGGGCCCAGAUCAUGGAAAAUAGACCACGAACGUCUUUCACAUCAGUUUGAAACCUACUAUUCACCGUACAGUUUAUAUACAAUGGAAUGCAUAAGUUUGAACACCCCCAGUCAAAUUACAUGUUUUGUUGAUUUUCUAAGUGAAAAUAAGUAACACAUUCUCUACAGAGAGCACACUCGAAUGUGGCAUUUUCUGCUUAUGUUAGUGCAAACUUUCAUUUUUUUGCUGAGGUUUAAGAGAUAAGAACAUAAACUAUAAGCCGUGUACCUUUUGCACUGGCCACAUUUACUUUUUUUCCCCAAUAUGAACAAAUAAACAGUCAUUAUGCAUUAAAAUGUGCAGAAGUGUU